GAUCAUGAACGCUGGCUCUCCCUACAACGUGCCCGCUGGCAGCCAAGUCCCCAUGACCUCCGUCAUCGAGAAGUACCAGAAGCUUGCAUACGAGGAUAACGAGCGCAAGCUCGAAGCACUUGCCAAUGAUGAGAUCAAGAGCGAGCAACCCUUCAACAAGAACCAUCUGAGGAAGUCGCCUUACACUGUGUAAGAGCUGCAAUUGGACUAAAAGGCAUGGCUUGUGUAUAUACUAAGGAAUGUUAUCCGUUUCAUUUGUUCUUGAACGAGUAUACACACCCUCUUCUCCUUCAGCUUGCUCGCCUCAUCACCCGAGCAUCAUGAGCUACAGCCCCAUCGUCCCUAUGCCCCAUGGACGUUAGCCGCUCCUUCGCGGUGUUUGAUCUCCCCAGCUCAGCAUUCAUCAGACCCAUGCUCUUCUUUUCACUUUCCUUUCUAGUACAACGGUCAAUACCUGGUUCUAGAUACACAACCUGGGGUCAGUGUUGGUGAACUGGGAUGGUGGCAUGCAGACGAUGUAUUCCCCCGGCACGCUGUUUUGGGCUAGGAGGGGGGUGCGAUUAAUUAGCUUCCAUGUUGGAUCAACAGCUGCAAGGCACUGCCUUGCAGCUGCUUGGAAUACA